CCAUGGAAACGGCUCAGACUGCCCAUGAGGUGAAGCCAAAGUGUCCAACAGACUGAAUGAUCCGGCUGCUGUUUGCUGACUGUGUGAAUGAGCGGUGGAGCUGAUGAUCGGCUCUCUCAAGCUUCAGGAAUUCUGUUCUGGCCCGGAGUUCUCGAACCAGGACUUGUUUGGAGUCGAGUCGUCUCUGGCGCUGGUGAAAGCAUCAAUGGACAAUGUCGACUGAAGUCGAGGCAACAUUGGUGAAGGUGGCAGAACCUAAUCCUGCUGGAACCCCAUAAGCUGCUGCCCUGUUCAGGCUCGCCUGUGGUGGAAACAACUCCAAGCCUCAGCAUGCUGUUCAAACGCAGAAAUCCUCCAAAUGUUACAGGAGCCAUACUCCAUCACACUCUUAGCUCCUUUACCCCCUCCUCUUCUCCUCCAACGUCCUCCUGCAACAUUGAUGAGUCCUACAAGUACAUCUUCCUCCCACUCUGUUACUCGUUUACGUUCAUUUUUAGCAUCACCCUGAACGCUGUGGUUCUGUACCGCUCCUUCCGGCAGACCAAGCGCUGGAACGCCUCCCUGAUCUACAUGGUCAACCUGGCUUCCACCGACUUCAUGUAUGGCCUGUCCUUGCCCUUUCUUGUGGCCAGUUACAUAAUGCGUGAUCGCUGGGUUUUUGGGGACUUCAUGUGCCGCCUGGUCCGCUUUCUUUUCUACUUCAACCUCUACUGCUCCAUCUUCUUCCUCACUUGCAUCUCAGUCCACAGAUAUCUUGGUAUCUGCCACCCCAUGAAAGUAAUCACCUUGGAGACCAAGAAAGCUGUCAAGUGCACCUGUGUCCUGGUCUGGAUUGUGGUGUUUGCUUUGACCUGCCCUAUUUUUCGGUUUGCUCAGACCGGUCAUGUUACCAGGUUAGCAGGCCUGAGGAGCAACAGAAGCCCAACUGCUGAGAACACAAGCCAUGACAUAGCCUCAGGAAGCAGCAAUGGCAGCUACAGGGAUUUGGGACAGCUCAAUGAGGAGUACCAGAACUGUUGGGAUGAUGCCAUUGAUAAGGAAUUUUUGGAUUAUGUACCAUAUGGAAUUACACUGCAUUUAUUGGGCUUUUUUAUACCCUUCUCCAUAAUUGGUUGGUGCUACUCUCAUGUCGUUCUGACCAUAUUUAGGACUUUGCAUUCCCAACCAUCAUCCCGCGCAGGUCAAAGAAAUGCAGGCAAUGAGGAAUUGAAGACAAGAGGCAGGAAUGUCUCAGUCCUAACUGGAAGGGGAAGUAAUGGACUGUUGAGGACGGUGGGGAAGGAUGAAGAGACAUCCGUGUUCUUUGGUGCUCGCUCUCCAUAUGCCAGUCGCAGGCGGAAAUCCAUUAAGACCAUCAUCACAAUCACCCUGCUCUUUGCCCUGUGUUUCUUUCCCUUCCACGUGACAAGAACCAUCUUCCUUCUGUUGAAAGUGACCAAGAGAGUCCCCUGCCAGACCAUAAUGACGGUGUCAAUGUGUUACAAAAUUACAAGGCCCUUGGCUUCAUUCAACGCAUGGCUUAACGCUCUUCUGUACUUCCUGACCAAAGACAAAGUGGGAGCCCGCUGCUGCCAAGUCGUGAACACCCCCUCCCAACAGCACGAUGGGGUCCUGAUGCCCCUGAGGAUGAUGGGUAAAGCAGAAGAUCCAAGCGGGGGAGGCGUCGAGGACCAGAUCAAUCAGAAAGACAAUCGGAGGUUUCACAACCCAUCGAAACCGAAGGUUACCGACACAGCUGAAUGACAAAACCAGAGCUCUUAUUUGGAAUCUCGGUGACGGGGUCGUAUGGAUAAGCGCUUGUUGUUGGGACCUCUGAGCUGUGACCGUUGCUGAUGUUCCACAAAAGACAUUCCAGGGAGAUUUUUUUCACGAGUCUCAGGACCUCGCUGGAUUUUUUGAACAUGCGUGAAACAUUCACGAGGCAAAUUUCUUGUCAGUUUGUUAAUGAUGCACCUGGAGCUCUUCUGGAGCCCCGGUCAGUUAGAAAGUGAAGAACCAUGAGUCUACUUUGGGAGGAGUUGGAGACAAAUACACACAGAAGCUGAUAAGUUGGUUUUGUUUAAUGUCCCAAAGGUUUGUCACAAAGUGUUAGUCGUUCCACCCAAAACCAGUCCCCCAUGGUUGCAGUCCAGUGAGAUACUGGCUCUGGUCUGCUUGUUCUUCCUUGCUGGAGCGAAUCCAGACUCUAUCUCCAUGGCUUACUAAACAAGAGCAAAUAAAUACAGCAGUGAAGUACACCAGCUAUUAGAACCUUAACCUUUACCAGUGUAAUGAAUUAGAUUAUGUGUUAUUUAAUAAGCCAUAAGGCGUAGGAUUCCAUAGGAAAUAUGAAAUCCACCUUACAGAUCUGUGAGUUAUUUAAACCAGAAGAUUGGAUCUUUUUAUUGCAGGGAUUAGAUAACCGCUUCGUAUUCACUCAGAGACAACAGAAGAGAGAGUCAAGCUUAAAAGUUAAGAAUUUUAUUACUAACAAAUUAAACUAGACUGACUUUAAAACUAAAUGUAUGGUGUAACUAAAAUGGAUGAGACGGUGAAUGGAUGACGUGUGAUGUUAAUCAGAACCAGCAAAUCCGAAGAAGUGGUUAGUUCUGACGGGAACUGAAGGUGAUGUCUUCGCAUUAAGCUUUGGUUAGGAGGUCCAUAAACACAUGAGACACCAUUUGCCGGUCUGCCUACCCUUCAGGAAGUCCUCUUUAGAUCAGGAAUGUCGAGGUCCAGCUUGACCCUUUCUGGAACCGAAGCCGGUAGGAAAAGCAGCGGUUCCGAUCAGACCCGCCUUUGAGAUACUUCCGGGUACACGACAGAUUCUUGGCGUCUGGUGAGACCUGAGCCUGGGUCUGGAUGGUUCAGCUUUUGUUCUGAAAGGAACCGUUGCAGCGGUUGGAAUAACAACAAUUUUUUCUUUUCAGCUUGUCGUUGUUCUUUCAGUUGAAGAGUUGAGAUCAGGAUUGGCCACUCCGUCACUUUCUCUGGAACGCUUUGAACUGGCGUUAGAGCUGACGUGGGCAUAGUUUUAUACUUCGGAUGUUAUGGUUUAUUGUCGAA